AUGUCGGCAACCCGUCUUGCGAGGGCAGCCAAGCCCUUUGGCCGCUCUCUCACUUGCUUGAACAGCACAGGCAAACAACGCUUCAGCACAAGUGCCAUUCGUCGCACUUCCACCUCGGGCAGCAGUGAACAGCCUAGGCAAGCUUCAGUAUGGUCGUACUCGGGUGUCAUGGCCGUUGCGGCGACUGCCGGGUUGUUUGGAUGGGGCAUGUCUGAGUUCCGGCAUGGGAGUCUUCCCAAGACCAUGCUGUUUGAUAGCUUGUACGCCUAUCCUAGGUAUGCGAGCAUGCAUGAGAUGGAGCAGGCCCUAAGAGAAAUCCGACAAGAAAUCGGCGGCGCAGAAGACAUCAUAUCCACUGACCCCGACGACCUCCACGCUCACGGGUACUCGGAAUGGUCGACUUCCAACCCUGAGGGGCUCCCAGUCGCGGUGGCCUACCCGCGCUCUACAGAGCAGGUAUCCACUAUCGCUCGCAUUUGUCACAAGUAUCGUGUCCCAAUCAUUCCGUAUUCUGGCGGUUCCAGUCUCGAGGGCAACUUCUCGGCACCUUUCGGGGGCAUCAGUGUCGACUUUGCCUACAUGGACAGGAUCGUCCAAUUCAACAAAAACGACAUGGACGUGGUGGUGCAGCCGAGCAUUGGCUGGCAGGAUUUGAACGAGCAGCUGGCCAAGAUGGAGAGCGGGCUCUUCUUUCCUAUUGAUCCUGGGCCAAGCGCCAAAAUAGGCGGCAUGAUUGGCACCAACUGCUCAGGCACCAACGCGGUGAAGUACGGCACGAUGAAAGACUGGGUCAUCAACUUGACUGUUGUUCUUGCAGACGGAACAGUGAUCAAAACGCGGCGUCGUCCGCGCAAGUCUUCUGCUGGGUACAACCUCAACGGUCUGUUUGUUGGCUCGGAGGGCACAUUGGGUCUUGUCACAGAAGCCACGCUUAAGCUCGCUGUCAUCCCGGAGGAGUUUUCGGUAGCGGUCGUGACUUUCCCUUCCAUUCGUGACGCUGCUUCCGCGGCGGCAGAGGUCAUGCAAACGGGCAUUCCUGUCGCGGCAAUGGAGAUCAUGGACGAGGUGCAGAUGAAGGUGGUCAAUAUGGGUGGUGCCACCGCGCCGAGGGUGUGGAAGGAGAUGCCGACGCUGUUUUUCAAGUUUUCUGGGACAAAGGCAGGAGUGAGGGAGAAUAUUGGUCUGGUACAGAAGAUCACAAGGGCGAAUAAGGGGAGCAAUUUUGAGUUUGCGAAGGAUGCCAGAGAGCAGAAGUUGCUUUGGUCAGCGAGGAAGGAGAGUCUGUGGAGUAUGUUGGCUCUUAGAAAGGAAGGGGAGGAGGUCUGGAGUACGGAUGUGGCGGUGCCAUUUAGCCGGUUGGCGGAUAUCAUUGAGGUGAGCAAGAAGGAGAUGGAUGAGUUGGGAUUGUUUGCAAGUAUAUUGGGCCACAUUGGGGAUGGGAAUUUCCACGAGAGCAUUAUUUAUAAUCGGCGGGACAAGGCUGAGGUGAAGAAGGUGGAGGCGUGUGUGAAGAAUAUGGUGAAGAGGGCGUUGGAGAUGGAGGGAACGUGUACGGGAGAGCAUUCGAUCGGGUGGGGCAAGAAGGAGAGCUUGCUUUGGGAGGUGGGAGAGGAUACAUUGGGGGUGAUGAGGGCUAUCAAGAUGGCGUUGGACCCAAAUUGGAUUAUGAAUCCGGGCAAAAUCUUUGACAGGCAAAGCUAG